CGUGCUCUCUAUCUCUCAUUAGAGAAAGCCAUAAAAGAAAGGAAAAGAAUGUCUCUUCCGAUUUCAACAAUUCCAUCUUCUCUCGCAACUCAAGAUAAAAGCCAUGUGGUUGAACGCCAUUCUGCAAAUUUUCAUCCAAGCAUAUGGGGGGAUUACUUCCUCAAAUAUGCCUCUUGCUCUUGCUCAAUGGAAAAUGGCCAUGAUCAGCAUGCGGAACAAGAAAUCCAGAAGCUGGAUGACGAGGUGAAGAGAAUGCUAUGCCCUGAUGCCGACGAGCCAUCCCUGAAACUGGACAUGAUUGAUCAAAUACAACGAUUAGGCAUUGCACACCGCUUCGCAAAUGACAUUGAUCACGUGUUGAAACAACUUAGUGAGACAUGCUUCGUUUGCAACAAUGGAGACAGGGAUAUCGAUGACCUCUACACGGCUGCUCUCCUCUUCCGAUUGUUGCGACAACAAGGCUACCGAGUUUCAUCUGACAUCUUCAACAAGUUCAAGGACCCCUGUGGAAAGUUCAGUGAGAAACAUGCAAGUGACGUAAGGGGACUACUAAGUUUGUACGAAGCUAGCCAUUUGAGUGUGCAUGGAGAAGAUGUUCUGGAUCAAGCGCUUUCUUUCAGUUUAACCCAUCUCGAAUCCGUUAAGGAGCAACUAAGCCCUCCUCUCGCAACACAAGUCCGUCAUGCCUUAAAGCAAACAAUUCGUAAAGGGGUGCCGAGGCUCGAGGCCAGACGAUACAUCUCCAUGUAUGAAGCAGAACCUUUACAUAAUGAAGUCCUGCUAUCACUAGCCAAGUUAGAUUUCAACCGCCUGCAGAAGCAACACCAGAAGGAGUUAUUUGAUAUUACAAGGUGGUGGAUGGGUUUAGACUUCAAGAGGAAGUUACCAUUUGCAAGAGACAGGCUCGUGGAAGGAUACUUUUGGAUUGUGGGAGUUCAUUUUGAGCCCGAAUUAGCGGUUGCUAGAAGAAUGAUGACCAAAGUGAUCGCAGUGACUUCAGUUCUUGAUGACAUAUAUGAUGUCUAUGGCACCUAUGAAGAGCUAGAGCUCUUUACUCAAGCAAUUCAAAGGUGGGACAUUGAUUGCAUACAUGAACUUCCAGAGUACAUGCAAGUGUUUUACAAAGCACUUAUCAAUAUCUACGUCGAAAUUGAAGAAAUACUGGCAUGCACAGGAAAAUCAUACUGCCUCUGCUAUGCGGUAGAAGCGAUGAAGAGGCAGGCGAGAUACUAUUUUGCUGAAGCAAAAUGGAUGCACCAACAGCACAAGCCCACCAUGGAUGAGUACAUGUCCAUUGCGCUAGUAUCAAGUGGUUACCCAUUGUUAGCUGUCACGUCCUUUGUGGGAAUGCCUGAUAUCGUCACAAAAGACGAUCUAGAUUGGUUGUUCAACGACCCAAAGAUCCUCAAGGCUUCAACAAUCAUCUGCAGGCUCAUGGAUGAUUUGGCGACACAUAAGUUUGAACAAUCAAGAGGACAUUUGGACUCAGCCGUGCAAUGUUACAUGAAGCAAUAUGGUGUCACAGAACAAGAAGCGGAAAACAACCUUCGCAAGCAAGUGAAUGACUCGUGGAAGGACAUCAAUGAGGAGUGUCUUCGCCCGACUGCUGUCGCAAUGCCACUUCUUGUGGGAAUUCUCAACCUCUCGCGAGUGAUGGAUGUGUUGUACAAGGAUGGUGGAGAUCAUUAUACCAAUCCUCAUAUUGCACUGAAAGAUUACAUACAUUCGGUGCUCAUAGACCCAGUGCAAUAGUUAUGAUAUGCAAUUAGUGAACUAGAAGUUCAUCAGCUGGACAUUAGAAAACUGGACCCAUUGUUCAAAAGAUGAUGCAUCUAUGCA